ACACGAUAAAGCACGAUUGGAUGAGUGCAUUGCGGCGAUUGCGGCGUCAUUGUAGCAUGUGGAUCAUGCAUUUCAAUGUACAGUGAGUGAUGGUGGUAUAUUAAGAGACUGAGACAUAUUCAAGUGCGUGCUUCUUAUUUAUUCAACUCAAUGCAUUUAAUCUCGUCAGUUUAAUGCAUUGUCAGUGUCUUCUGUGGAAAAAAGUCUCAUUCAAUUGCACUGACUGACAACUAUUAAAUUAAACAUAUCCAAUUCUAAUAGAAAUUUGUAUUGUUUCACUUUUACGUGUCAUGAUAAAAAAGGAUAAUCACAACAAGUAUUACAACGAAGAGACUCAAUAAUUAAAAUUAUAAUAAUAAGAAGAGAAUAACAAUAUGAGGAAUGCUACAUGUAAUAAUUUUUCAAUAGUUGAAUAUACAUAAAUGAAAAUAUCAAUGAUAUUCCUGGAGAAAAGUAGUAAUAGUAGGGUGUUAAGAUCAUGUCCUAUUUACUGCUAACACUAUUCUUUAUUUUGAGUAAAGACGAAAUAUAUUCGUGUCUAGCUAUUGAAACAAACAACGAUUACACUCCUCAGAAAGCAUUAAAUUUUUCAGUAUUAAUUGGCAAAUGUUGCGAAUUGAAUGAAUUAUUAAAAGAUGAUAAAUGCAUUCCUCUCAACGAAACAAAAGAAACACACGCUUGGCGACCAACCGAGUCAAUUGACGAUAAUGAAAAUAAUUUUGAGAAAAGUAAUAAACAACCUAAAGGAAAACUGGGAAAUUAUAAAUUAAAAAUUGGUUUACCACGAUGUCAGAAUGGGGAGCACCAGUGGCACGUUUACCACAGUCAAACUGGAUCCGAUAGAUUAUAUAUAUUGCCUUCUGGUAUGCUACGACAUUAUGUCAUUAAAUCCUCAGAUGAGGAUGAAGUGAAAAAAGAGCAAGAUUUUUAUUUCGAUGACGAUGAUGAUGCAUUGUCUAAGAAUAUUCACUAUGAUUAUCCAUUUGGUCAUUAUUGUGCUGAUAAAGCUAUUUUGAGUAGAGAUGGAAUUGUGACCACGUAUGCAAUGGUGUGUGUACCAGAAUUAACGACCAAGUGGACGGAAACGGAUCAGUUAAUUAGAUAUAUUGUUGAUCCUAUAUUCCAUUCUAUUGCCAUAAUAAGUUACUUUGUCGUUGCUAUAGUUUACUUUGUUUUGCCUCAAUUGCGAAAUCUUGUUGGAAAUUCAAUUAGCAGUAUGAGUUUGUGCCUUAUUACUAGCCAAUGUGUAUCAACUAUUCGAAUAUUUAAGCAAUUUGGAAAUCAUAUCAAUUUUUUAAUUAUUGAUAUUAUUUUGUAUGUCUCUCUAUUGGGUGCUUACUUUUGGCUCACUGCAUUCGGAUACUACGUUUGGAAAACAUUUAGAUCCAGAAACGUCUACCUUCGCGUGACAGAUGCUCGAACAUAUUGUUACUACUCAACUUUUGUGUGGGGCACGACCUUCUCUGUAGCGCUUACAGUCAUAUUUGCACACUUCACUCUCGAAACGAAUAAACCAAUAAUUAGUGGCAUAAGUUAUUCUCCUCAAGAAACCAUCGGAUGGCUUGGACUCUCGUUUCUUUUUGCGUGCAUCGGUUUCAGUAUAAUAAUUGAUUUAAGCUUCGUACUCACAACAGCGAAUACCAUUAAACGAAUGAGUACAUACAGUCGAAUACAGCACAAAAUGAAAUACGGCUUUCGAAUGUAUACUUUACUAUUUAUGAUAAUGAGUGUGUCGUGGAUAUCAUUAUUACUCGCUCGAUUGGAAUAUGACGCCUUAAUAUAUUGCGAUAUAUUUAUUAAUUUACUGCAAGCGACUCUUAUUCUCUAUGUUUGUGUUUUCGGACAAAAAAGAGUCACAUUUCUACUUGGGAAAACAUGUAACUGUUGUAUGUGGACUGAAAAUGUUGAAGGAAUUGAUUGGGGAGAGGAAAUGAUAGCAAUCAAUCUCGGCUAUUAAAUUAAAUGAUUGUUUCAUAAUUAAUGUACUUAAGCUUUUCACACGACAAUAUAGCUGUACUGAUAUUUUUUCUAUUUUUAUAGAUAUAUAAAGAAAUACUUAACUGACUGAUUCUUUACUCAAUAAAAGUGACAUUUUAUAAGCAAA